UUUAUCUGGUUACUAGGCAGCGGUAACGGCUCCUGUUCACUUCUGAGAGGAAGACAACUAUCCUCCCGACAAUGGAGUCCUCGAGUGACUUUCGGGAAAAACUGCGGAAGAAAAGACGCGCUUUGCGAGAGACGUUAGUGAAAACCCAGAGAGAAGACGACACUCAGGCUCUGGUUCCGUCCACCAAAUUGAGAGGGGAGGAACUGCGAGCUACAAUGAAGGGGCCUCACAGCGGUGACCAAGAUCCAGGAGAGACACUGAAACAGACGUUGAGGGCUCAGAGACAGAGGCGGAAGAAACAGCUGCUCGACCGAUCUCCGGCCCAGGAGACCCAUGAUGAUGAUGACGACGAUGAAGAUGUGGAGGAGAUUGCCGCAAUUCAGCACCACGGCGAAGACAAGGGAUCGGCAGAGAAGGCAACCGACUCCGUGGGUUCGUCAAGACCUCCGACCGGAUCUCAGAUCGGUGCCUCCUCAAGGGUCCAUCUUACCCCCGACUCUCAGUUAGACAGCUUUGUUACACGUCGCCUGGAAGAGAGACUAAGAGCCGCCAGGUCUAAAGGGGAGACCCUCCAGCAGGAGGAGGCCCCCCUGCAGCCAGUCAGUCGCCUGCAGAGCCUCAGAGACAGAGACACUGUAACGAGGUUUGACCGAGAGGUGGAUCCAGAGCGAGCUGGAAGACACGAUGACCCCCUGGUCCUCAGCAGUAGGAUCAAGUUCAGAGAAGCACCAAGUCGGACUGAAAAGAGCCUGCCGACUGCUGAGGAGGCGUACAAUUUCUUUACACUCGACUUUGAGCCAGACCCAUUAGACGGUACUGAGAAGAAGAAAAGAGACAAACCGAGGAGAGCCGCCGAGGAGGAUGGAGAUGAAGAAGAUGCUGAAGAGGAGGAAGAUGCCGAAGACAACGUUCCACAGGAAAAUGAAGACCAGAGUGAGGAAGCCGCUCUCGUUCGAGACCAAGCGGACGAUUUAUUCGCAGUCGGACAAUCGACACAGGACUUCCUGGAAGUGAGGAAAGCCGAGUACGUCGGGUACCGGAAGCGCGUUCAGCGGGAGAGCGGCUUCCUCUUCACGCCGAGCUUUCGAACAGCGCCGGCGUCCAUCAAACUGCCUGAAAACACAAAGCCUCGUUAUCUGGAGGACGAGGGUCUGUAUGUCGGGGAGAGGCCUCCCGUGUCCCCGACCAACGAGAACAUUCUGGAGAACCGCGUGUUGAAAAUGGAGGAGGGAAAGAAAUGGUUUGGCGAUGACGGACGGAUCAUGGCUCUACCCGACCCCAUAAAGGAAUCCUCCACGAGACCCCCCCUCUUCCACAUGGAGGAGGACCUGGACCCUGCUCUGCAACCUGUGUACAGGAAGGCGCUCAAGUCCAAGAACGCCAACCUGUAUAUGGCUGGCACAGCGGACCCCGAGGGGGACUACCAGCUGGACGUGGACGUCUCCGGGCUGAUCUUCUCCCAUCACCCGCUCUUCAGUCGGGAGCACGUCCUGGGGGCCCGCCUGGCUCAGCUGUAUGACCAGUACCUCACCAGGCAGGGCAAUAAUCUCACCAGCCACCUGACGGACAAGUUGAAGGGGCUGCGAAGUGCUCUGCGCAAUAUACUCCAGAUCCAUGGCGGGGAGAGCCUCACUCCAGCGAUGCUGCAGAGGAUAUCGGAGUACAGUCUGGAGGUUAGGGAGACUCGGCAGCUGAGAGACAGCGAGCAGGAGAAAGACAGGACGCUGCUGAAGAACAUAGUGAAGGUGUGGAAGGAGACCAAAGCCCUCAGGGACUUUCAGAAGUACACCAACACGCCCUAUAAGCUCUUCCUCAGGAGAGAGCAUGUGGACCAGGCGUCCGAUGAGCGCGAGCACGAGGAGGAAAUCCUCUCCGAGGUCGUGGAACUGGAGGCAGAGAUGGAGGAGACUUACGAGAGAAAGCUGGUGGAGUACGAGAAACAGCUGGAGGAGUGGAAGCUCUGGAGGAGAAAACAGAAAGCCAAAAAGAAGAAGAAGAGAAAGAAGAAGAAGAAGAAAGGUCAGGCACAGGACGACACGGAUGAGGAUGAAGAGCAGGGGGCGAGCGAAUCAGACGCGCCCGCUGAGGAAGGCCCCCCCGAGCCGGAGCCCCCGGAGAGGCCCGACAUGGCGUCUGUGGAGCAGCAGGUCAGAGAGAAGGCCUCCAGGAUACGCAGGAAGCCCGGAGAGUCCAUCCUGAUCCCCGAGCUGUCUGCCUCUGGAAACAUCACGGCCAGUGACCUUUGCCCCAGGCCUGAAAUGGCUCGUAGGGAGGACGUCUCCAAGCGCUCCCUUUUCAUCAAGAUCCUGUACAACAACAAAGAAGUGUCCCGGACGGACAGCCGCUCCCUGAACGCUGACUUCAGGGUCCACUUCGGACAGAUUUUCAACCUCAAGAUACUCAACUGUCCCCAAAGCAUCAAUCUGCAGCUGUUUGAGGAGCUCGGCUCGUCAUGCUCCCUCCUGGCUCAGGUGUUUCUUCCGGUUCCGGACCCCUCCGUGGUGACGAGCAUCGUCCCCGUGGAGGAAUACGAGUUCAGCAGCAACCAGCGAGUGAUGUUCGACCACGAGGGCGUCGGCAGCGACGUGCCGCUGUCCUUCGAGGCCGACGGCGGCAACAAGCAGACCCUGCUGACCUCGGGGAAGGUGUCGUGCUCAGUCUGCUGGGGGUCCGGGGAGGACGGCGUGCCACUGGCCCCUCCGGCGUCUCAACACCCCGGCGCCGCACACGGUGGACCGGGGCGCCUCGACGCCGUCACAUUUAUUGGGGCGUCUGGACUGUACGACAUGAAAAAAAUUGGGGAGUGGGCCACGCAGUCACGGCUGGACCCCAACGACCCCAAAAACGCCUCCAUCAUGCAGCUGCUGAAGGUGGCCAGCAGUGGGGAGGUCACGGCGCCGGAGUACUUCCGCCUGGAGCAGCUGCAGGAGGAGUUUAACUUUGUCACCGACGAAGAGCUGGAGAGCUCCAAAAGAUUCCGCCUGCUCCGUCUCAGGAACCAGGAAGUGGCCGAGUUCCGAAAUUACAAGUUUGUUCCUGCUCUGGAGAAGGAGGUCGCUGACAAAGUGUUCCAGGAUUAUGAAAAGAGACUGAGAGAAGGAGAGCGAGUCGACACUAAAGAACAUCUGGAUUCACACAGAGCUUUGGUAGCCAAAUACCUGCAGAAGAUCCGAGAGUCUGUCGCCAACAGGUUUGUUCUGGCCAAGCAUCACUACCUCCUCUCCGACCUGGUGAUAGAGGAGGAGAUACCGAGCAUCGGGAUUCUGGGAGUGAACCUUUUCAAGCUGGCUGAGCCCAAGCGUCCGCUGAGGCCUCAGAGGAAAGAGAGGAAGAAGGUGACGGCUCAGAAUCUGUCCGACGGAGACAUCCGGCUGCUCAUCAACAUCCUGAGAGCCUACGACCUCCCCGUCCGCCGCCCGCACAGCAAUAAAGCCGGCCCGUCUCAGAGCGCCCCCCAGGGCAGCGAUUGGCUCACGAGUCAGGUGCAAGUGACGCCCUUUGUGGAGGUUUCCUUCCAGCGCACCGUGCUCCAAACGACCACAGCCGAAGGCCCGAACCCCUGCUGGAACGAGGAGCUGCAGCUACCGUUCAGUGCUCCAAAUGGGGACUACAGUGCUGCCGCCUUGCAAUCAGUCCGAGACGAAGUCUUCAUCAACAUAUUUGAUGAGGUGGUCUAUGAAACCGGAGUGAAUGACAAAGACGGAGGCAAAUCCAUACACACCCGGGUGGAGAAGCACUGGCUGGGCUGCGUCAAGAUCCCAUUCAGCACCAUCUACUCUCAGUCACGGAUCGACGGAACAUUCAAGGUCAACACGCCGGCGGUGCUGCUGGGCUACAGCAAGGAGCGCAGCCACGGCUACAGCAGCGGCUACAACACCGUGCAGAGCGUGAGCGAGGGAGCCUUCGUCACACUCUUCAUCACCAUCGAGCCUCAGCUGGUGCCGGGGGAGUCGGUGCGGGAAAAGAUUAUGGAGCUGAAGUUUGACAGCCAGGAGGACGAGCGUCUCCUGCAGGCCUCGGAGAAGUUUGAGCGGGACGCGGCGCGGGACCACCCGGGCCGGCCCUGCGUCACCGCCGUCAUCGACCUCAACGGGAAGACGGUCUUCGUCACGCGAUACAUUCACCCGCUCAACCCCCCCCAGCAGCUGCUGGACGCCUUCCCCAACAACUCCCAGGACACCGCGAACCUGGUGGCCAGAUUCGUGUCGCUCAUCCCGUCUCUGCCGGACAGGGUGUCGUUCGCCGGCGCCUGUGACCUGUGGAGCACCUGCGACCAAUUCCUCACCCUCCUCGCGGGAGAUGAGGAAGAACACGCCGUGCUGCUGUGCAACUACUUCCUGUCUAUGGGCAGGAAAGCCUGGCUUAUGAUUGGCACCGCUAUACCAGAGGGACCCACGGCAUACGUCCUGACCUUGGAGCAGAACCGAUACCUGAUCUGGAAUCCCAGCAGCGGUCAGUUCUACCGACAGUACGACACCUUCUGCCCGCUCACUGUAGUCGGCUGCCUGGUCAACGACGAAAAUGUGUGGUUGAACGUUCAAGGCUACACGUCACCCAUGACGAUGAGUUUCGACACCACCAAGGCAAAUUUGUGGAAGCCGUUCUUCUCGCAAUCCUUCCCGAACCCCGGGCUGCCGAGUGUACAACCCGAGGCGCUGGUGUACCGGCGCACAGACAAAGCCGCCGCGGCAGAGCUUCAGGACAGGAUCGAGAAGAUCCUGAAGGAGAAGAUCAGGGAGUGGCGCCCUCGUCACCCCACCCGCUGGAACCGCUACUGCACCUCCACCCUGAAGCAGUUCCUGCCCAAGCUGGAGCAGAGCGGGGGGCGGGACGUGGCCGAGGGUCACCGCCACGAGCUGCAAAGCCUGCUGGGAGACAUCACGAUCUCGGGGUUCCCCCUGCAUCUGCCCUUCUCCGAGAUCCGGCCCAUCGUGGAGGCAGUGCACAGCACCGGGGUCCACAACGUCCACGCCUCAAACGUGGAGUUUGCCCUGGCCGUGUACGUGCACCCGUACCCGAAUAACGUGCUCUCCGUGUGGGUGUACCUGGCCUCGCUGGUGCGCACGUGAGACGCACUCCUCUUGCUGCAAAACAAUCACUGCUCUGACUGUUUUUAGAUAAAUGACACAGCACUUGACACGCCAUUGUCAGGCUAUUGCAUUUUUAUAUUUAUAUAUAUAUUUGUGUAUGUAUAUACAAUGGAUGUCUUAUCUUUGUAUUACACAGUUUGAUAUCCGCAUAAAGGAUCAUUAAACCCCA